AUGGGUGUCAUCGGCAUCGCGCGCAAGGGGGGCGGCAUUGUAACGAUCCUCAGCACCACCACUCUCCAGUGGGUUGCACAGGUGCGCGUUGACAGCCACAAUGGAGUUGCUGAUUUCGCCUGGUGGAGUGACGGGGAGGGAAUGUGUGUUGUUGGCAAGAAUGGGGAGGUUAGCGAGUGGGAUGGGCGGCAGAAACGUAUUGUUGCGCGCUGGGUUGAUGAGGGUGCUGUGGGCGCGACAGUGAUUAGUCUUGGUGGGAAAUCUGGAAAAGGGCAGAUCGGCGGGGAUAGGUGGGUGGCGGUGGGGAGUUCGAGUGGGAUCGUGAAUGUGUAUGACCGGAGGCCGUGGGCUGUGGCUGCUGCCGAGAUCGAAAGGAAGAGCAAGGGGAAGAAGGUCGAUGGAGAAAUGGAUUUUGGUAAUCAUCGCGGCGGCGGUGGUGAUGGUGAUGAACAGUGCGGAAUCCCACGCAAUCCAAAACCGACACGCAUGCUUGGUCAGCUGACGACGCCGACGAGUCAUCUUGUCUUCUCGGCAAAUGGGCAGUUGCUCGUCAUGGCCAGUCGGUGGAAGAAGGACGCGUUGAGAUUGAUAUACAAGAAUUGGCCUACGUCCAACACUCCGUUUGGACGCAUUUCGGCCGUUGCCAUUGCGCCGACGUCGGAUACGUUGGCUGUCGCGAAUGAGCAAGGGAAAAUACGGUUGUGGGAAAUUCAUGGCUAG